AUGGAGCAGCAGGAUUUCCACCACCCGUACACGCCAUACGACAUUCAGCUCCAGUUUAUGCGCGCUUUGUAUGGCUGUCUGCAGGAUGGCAAGGUCGCUGUCUUUGAAUCCCCCACCGGUAAGCGCGCUAGGGUAAUGCCGUCCAAGCCCAAUCUACUCCAAUCUGACCACCGCCACAGGUACUGCGACGACGACGAUGAACCAGAGUGGAUGGUCGAAUUCGCCAAAAAAGAGUCCCGUCGUGCCAUUGCCGAAAGGAGACAGGAGUUCGAGACUCGUCUGGCCAAGAUCAAACAAGAAGAGGAGCGUCUGAAGCAGGCUCAAUUGGGUCAUGACCGCCCUCGUAAACGACAGCGGCUGGAGGAGUCGAUGCCAAACGUGGAUCAAGACGAUGAAAGCCAGUUUGUCCUAGACGAUUAUGAUAGCGAAGCAGACGAAAAGGGCAAGACGAGUGGCUCAGCCAGGGGCACGGGAGACUUGUCGGCCAGCACUCUCGCCCUGUUAGAACGAUUUAAGGGGCAUUUCUCGGCCCAGAAACCGACUGAGGAGGAUGAAGAAGACUCGGUGAAAAUCUUCUUCUGCUCUCGAACACAUUCCCAGCUGAACCAAUUUGCUGGUGAGCUGCGCCGGGUGUCGUUUCCCUCCAGUAUUCCUCCAGAUUCCGACACAGGCGUUAAGGAGGACGCUCUGUCAAAGCUCGAGGAGACGGUGAAACAUCUUUCUCUGGGUUCCCGAAAAAACCUUUGCAUCAACUCCAAGGUCCAGGCCUUGGGGGACAGCACGGCAAUCAACGAACGCUGUUUAGAUCUCCAACAGUCCGGAGUAGCCGCCGAGAAAAAGUGUUCAUAUCUCCCUUCGAGGGACAAUGAAGCUUUAGUUCUUCAAUUUCGAGAUCAUGCUUUGGCUACGGUCAAGGACAUUGAAGAUAUUGGCAAAGUCGGGAAAGAGAUCGGAAUCUGUCCCUACUAUGCCUCCCGUUCGGUAAUCAAGGAUAGCGAGAUUAUAACACUGCCAUAUCCUCUUUUGCUACAACGCUCUGCUCGGGAAGCUCUCAAUCUCUCUGUCAGGGGGCAUGUCAUCAUCAUUGACGAAGCCCACAACCUCAUGGAUGCAAUUUCUGGUAUCCAUUCAGUGGCCGUCUCGCUUUCCCAGCUCCAGAGUGCAAUCACACAAUUAACAACAUAUGCGCGCAAAUUCAAAACCCGCUUGAAAGGAAAGAACCGAAGCUACGUGGCCCAAGUAAUUAGGCUGGUCAGCUCCAUCGCCAGCCAUCUUCAAGCAAUAUCCCAGCAAAAGGGACCUCAAGAGGGCUCGGUGCGUUCGGCUGAUCUGAUGGCAGGGAAAGGAGUAGAUCAGAUCAACCCGUACAAGCUUUCCAGAUAUCUUCAAGAAAGUAAACUCGCCCGGAAGGUAGACGGUUAUGUCGAGUCGGCGCAGGAAUCACGGGAUGCCCAUUCCAGGGACAAAACCUCGGUUCCUGUUCUUUUCCAUAUUCAAAGCUUUCUGCUGCCUCUGAUGAAUCCGUCGGAAGAGGGAAGACUAUUCUACCAAAAGAACCAGAACGGUGUGCAGUUGAGAUAUAUGCUUCUUGAUCCUACCAAUCACUUUCGCGAGAUUGUUGAAGAUGCUCGCGCCGUAAUUCUAGCCGGUGGCACAAUGUCUCCUAUAACUGACCUUGGAAGGACCAUUGCAACGCUCUGUCAGGUGAUCCCCGAUGGAGUAGUAGCUUUCUUCCCUAGCUACGACUACCUGAGCCUGGUCGUGAAUGUGUGGAAGAAACAUAUCCCCAAUGGCAAUGGUGAAACCACAUUGGGGCUGAUUGAAAAGAAGAAAAAGAUUCUCUAUGAGUCGCGCGACACGGUAAUUACGACCGAUGCCUUACUUCGAGAGUAUACCGAGGCGGUCGAGUCCGGCUCAGGAGCUUUACUGUUAUCCGUCGUUGGUGGAAAGCUGUCGGAGGGUAUUAAUUUCUCCGACAGGCUAGGACGCGGAGUCUUGAUCAUUGGACUACCAUUCCCCAAUAUUCGCAGCGCGGUUUGGCAGGCCAAGAUUAAGUACAUUGAAGAGAAGACCUACAAGCAGAGCCCUGGGCUAGAAUCGGAGAAGAAGGCUGCCGCAUCGGCCGCCGGCAAGAAUUUCUAUGAGAACUCCUGCAUGCGAGCUGUCAAUCAAUGUAUUGGCCGGGCGAUCCGACAUGUGAAUGACUAUGCAGCUAUCAUCAUGGUUGACCGUCGGUACGACACGCCGCGGAUUCAGGGCAAGUUACCGGGAUGGAUUCGAGGAAGCUUCGUUUCUUCUCAGUCGACGCGCCCAGCCCAGAUGACUGUCCAGCGACUCUCCAAGUUUUUUGCCGGAAAGGUAUAA